CACUCACUCUUCUCUACUCAGACCAGACAGCAACUUCCGCCACCAUGACCUCCUUCUCCAGCAACAGCUUCAUGUCCUCUGCAUCUAUGGGCUCCUUUCGCCACAUGUCCAUGUCUAGUGGAGGUAGACACAUCCGCGCCAUGAGGGCCGGCAGCGUGUACGGGGGUGCCGGUGGGUCCGGGGUGCGCAUCUCCAGUGCCUCCAGCACCUUCUCUGCUGGCAGUGAGGCUGGUGGUAGCUCCAGCCUGGCCGACGCUGUCUACCUGAACGAAAAUAAGAAGGCCACCAUGCAGAACCUGAAUGAUCGUCUAGCCUCCUACCUGGACAAGGUCCGCUCACUGGAGAAGGCCAACGCUGAUCUGGAGGUGAAGAUCCACCAGUCCCUGGAGAAAAAAGCCACACCUGAGGCUCAUGACUGCACUGCCUUCAAAGUCGUCAUCGGCAAACUCCAAAACCAGAUAUUUGAUGCCACUCAUAUGAAUGGAGGAUUAUACCUGGCUAUUGACAAUGCUAAGCUGGCAGCAGAUGACUUUCAAGUCAAGUAUGAGAAUGAGCUGGCUGUGACGCAAUGUGUGGAGGCUGAUAUUGCUGGGCUGAGGCGGGUGAGGGACGAGCUGACCAUUGGAGGAUCCAACCUGGAGAUGGAGGUUGAGGAGCUGAAGGAGGAGAUGGUCCACCUCAAGAAGAACCACAAAGAGGAGGUCAAGGCCCUUCGGGCACAGGUGGGUAGUCAGACGGUCAACGUGGAGGUUGAUGCUGCACCACAGGAAGACCUCACCAAAGUCAUGGCUGAGAUCCGUGAGCACUACGAUGCUGUUGCUGCCAAGAACCACAAAGAACUGGAGAGCUGGUUCAAUGCAAAGACAGAAGAAAUCCAGAAAACUGUCGCGCGCAGCACCGAAACCGUCCAAUCAUCCCAAUCUGAAAUCACUGAAGUUAAACGCAUAAUGCAAAGUCUAGAAAUCGAAUUCCAAUCUGAACUCAGCAUGAAAGCAUCCCUGGAGGGCACCCUGGCUGACACACAGAACCGCUAUGCCAAUAUGCUAUUGAGUUAUCAGAUGCAGGUGACCAGCUUAGAGGGCCAUCUUGGUCAGAUACGUGGUGACUUGGAGCGCCAGGGCCAGGAAUACCAGAUGCUGCUGGACAUCAAGACCAGGCUGGAGAUGGAGAUCGCGGAGUACAGGAGACUGCUGGACGGAGAAAUGACAGGCAGUGUCUCGACAGCCACCAAAACACACAAGUUGGUGACUAUCAUCAAGGAAAGUGUUGACGGCAAGGUGAUCAGUGUGACCAAUACCAAGUGAGACAUCUUAAAACGGGGACUUCACAGAACAGAACACGAUCCCUCUGAUGCCUACUGUCAACCUGUCUUAGAAGCUGUGAUUCAAUUGGGUUGUGUAAACUUGCAUCUUGGGAUUUAUAUAAGCCCUCUGAUACCUUCAGAGAGAUUCGUCAAUAAAACUAAGCCCAUAAAACUUUUGUUUAAUUUUUGUUUGAUUUGACGGAAUCAUUUUAUAAAAUCAAAGCUAUUGACAACAUAGUUGUGGCAAUUAGGCCAAGAUUGAUUAUAUUGCUGUUUUGAAUAGUUGAGUAGGUAGUACCAUGAUAUCUAUUGAAAUUAUUAUUAUUUUGAUACAGUAUAGCAUACUCUACCCUGUAGAGUUAGGCUAUGCCAAACAGAUGAGCCUAGAUCCUAACAUAAUAUGCACUAACAUAAUUGAUCAAGUCGAUUUCACUGAAAAAUGGCAAAGGUUUACACCAGAGGAGGCUGGUGGGAUGACCUAUAGGAGGAUGGGCUCAUUGUAAUGGCUGGAAUGGAAUAAACAGAACUGUAUUAAACACAUCAAAUUCAUAGAAACCACAUGUUUGACUCCAUUCCAUUUAUUCCACUCCAGCCAUUACAAUGAGCCUGUCCUUCUAAUGCUCCUUCCACUAGCAUUCUCUGGCCUACACACAGAGUAACAUUGCAUUUUUUUGAACUGCUAUUUUUUGCUCUCUACUGUAUGU